AUGGAGAUGAAGCUUUUAACCCUCCUCAUCCUCUUCUCCUUCUCUGCAUAUACCGCUUCCCCAUUAGUAGCUUUAGCUUCAUCUCCUUCCGAGAGUCAGUCCCCCAGCUCUUCUGAAGACCAGCCACCCCAAACAGUUUCUAAAAUACCUUCCAACGCCAACUCUAAGCUUAAAAAAAUCUGUCAAGAAGUUAAUCACCCCACCGAAUGUAUUACAACAGCUGGUCCAUUCCUACGUGAAAAUGCUGAUAUAACUCCCGUGACUGUUCUUCAAGCUGAGAUUGAAGCAAUUGAUAGCAAGGCUAAGGAAGCCUUCGCAAAGGCUACAAAGCUCGCAGCGGAUCCCUCUACCUCAAAAACCGUCAGUGUUCCCCUAAAUGUUUGCAUUGAUGGUUACAAAGCCAUUCUCAAAAACAAACAAGCAAUCCUUGAUGCUAUCUCCAAACAUGACGCUGAUGAGCUAAACAUGGACUUAAGCUCUAAUGUGGAUCAUAUAAGCCAGUGCGAAGAUGCGUUCGAAGAAGCCAAAAUUAACUCCCCAAUACCAGAACUGCAUUCGUUACUUGGCAAGAUGAUUUUCAACAGUAUAAACAUUGGUGUUGAUAUGGUUGAUUUUGAGAACAAGAAUUAA